AACCAAAGAUUACAACACGCAACUGCCAAUCCGACACCCAAGCCACCAAGAACGCAACCAUGGACAACAGCACCGUUGAAACCGUCGACUUCACAUCAAUGGAUGAGGCAAGCUCCUCAUCAUCACUGGACGACAAUUUUGUUCUGAACGGCCCAACCAAUGCCUUGAUAGCUUUUGGGUCUCUUGUACUGUUAGCGAUUGUUGCAACAAUAAUCUGCCAAUGUAACGAAAAGCGUCAAGUUGCCGCAGACUUAACUAAGCAGCAGGAAACAAAAGAAACAAAGACAAGUACACCUGAGAUGGAUGCAAAGAUUGACAUGGAUGCAAGAAAACGCAUGUCAGUAGGGUUGCCAAGAUGCGUAGAGUGCCCAGAUGAAGAGCAGGCCAUUAGCAAAAUGUCUUUCAAGUUGGAUCCAUGUGAUAAGCAAUCGCCAGAUCAUGACAAGCCAAAGCGAUCAGGCAAGAAGUCAAGGCAAUCAGCGAAGACACCGCUGGCCCAAUCGUAGUUUGCUGUACGGUACCGGUACGAUGCCCAGUGUUGAAGCCUCCAUGCCGGUACACUAUGUAUAACUAUGUAUACAUAUCCGUGACGGUUCAGAUGCGAGAAGGCAUCCAUAGAGUUGAGGAAGAACAAUCUUGCUAGUUCAAGCAAGUUCAUCUGCCGAGGGUUUGAGCUCGUACGGUACCGAUAACCAUGACCUCCUCCCUAGAAGACUACUUUUUAAACGCACCUCUAUUUUGGACUAUGCAGGCUCAACAAGAUACGUAGGCGGGCAAAGAUCGGUCUCUUU